AAUGAGAUGGCCGCUACUAGCUCACGAGAACAGCCUCUUCCUUUUCGCAAUCUUGAGUCAUCGUGGCGACCUUGUUCAACUCCUCGGAUACAUUCUAGGAUACCACAAUGGCUUGGCGCUGUUCUGGUCGCACAAAUGUAGACCUCAUCGCGAACAUGCAUGCAGCACGAAUUAUGACAGCAGACAGAGUGCGUGAGGCCAUGACGAAAGUUGACCGUGCUAAUUAUGUCAUACACAAAUCGGAGGCAUAUGAGGACUCGCCUCAAUCCAUUGGGUAUGGCGCGACCAUAUCUGCACCACACAUGCACGCGCAUGCAAUCGAACACCUUCUCGACUACCUUGGCCCCGGUAAGCGCGUUCUCGAUGUCGGCAGUGGGUCCGGCUAUCUUUGUGCCGUACUCCACCACCUUGUUCCAGGCGGAGUUGUCGUAGGCAUCGAUCACAUCCCCGAAUUGGUCGAUUGGUCAAAGGGUAAUCUCCGCCAAGAUGGACUGGGUUCCGCUCUUGACAACGGUGAAAUCGUCACGGUCACCGGCGAUGGCCGUCAAGGAUAUAGUGACCUUGCCCAAUAUGAUGCAAUUCAUGUCGGCGCAGCCGCGCCCACGAUUCCGCAGCACCUGGUAGAUCAGCUCAAGAGCCCUGGGCGGAUGUUCAUACCAGUUGGAACAUUCGAUCAACAAAUCAUACAAGUCGACAAGGACGAGAAUGGUAAAGUCACAAAGAAGAAAUUGAUGGGGGUCAUGUAUGUCCCCCUUACAGAUGCAGAGAAGCAGAAGAGGAGCUACUGAGGAUGAUUCAGCUCAAACGAAUGAAGUGCUUUGUUUUCAUGUUCGUUUUCAACUAAUCUCCAAAUUGUAUCAGUAUCAGUCACC